AUGGCACCAACACCAUCCACCCUCAUCGCCAAAUCCCUCUCCUCCAGCGGUGAAACCCUCGCCAACCUCCUUCCCCGCUACAUCGGCUAUCGCCGGCGUCGUCUCUCGCGCGGCGCCCUCAUCGGCGUAAUCGUCGCCAUCGUCAUCGCAGUCAUCAUCCUCGCCUUCCUCUCCGUCCUCUUUCGCAGGAGGAGAGUUCGCCGGUCACGCAUAAACAUGCACCAGAACAUGCAACAGACGGCAGCUGCCCCUGGAGGAUGGGCUCACUCAUCCCACAAUCACCACGCUCAUCACCACGCUCAUCACCACGCUCAGAAUCCGAACGGACUUAAUGCCCCUGCUGGAGGAUGGGCACAGCCCGGGACUUAUCAGCCGCCGCCGUAUCAGCCGGAUCCAGUUUAUCAGCAAGGUGGCUACAAGUAA